AGUCACUGAAACAAUACACUCACAAAAUAUAUAAUCAACAUGACCACUUUCGUACCUUCUCCAAGACGUACCAGAAGUCAGGUAGCUUCCUUGAAAUCCGCAAAUCCUUCAACUACCAUGAACACCAUCACUCCCACACCUACCACCAGCAGCUCAAUACCGCGUUUGAAAUCCAGUGCUUCACUUCGAAUUCCCAAACCUACUCCUACCGCCUCCACCACAACGUCCAUCCUUCCCACUGAGAAGAUCACUCCAAGCGCUUCUAUCAAUAAUGGAAAACUUCUGAGGAAGUCUAGUGUUCGGUCGAUACGAGCCGCACCAAGACCUGUUUCCUCUGUUGGGGACGUCAAUCCCCCAAGUCGUUUAGGUCGAACUAUGAGCCGAAUACGGCGAGAUGUAGAUCCAUCUCCUCAAACCAUUACCACUUCGUUGAAGACUUCAGAUAGAACUCCUGGUUUUAAAGAGGAGAAGUCAAUAAACCGAGAUGAACGGGUGAAAGACCCGGGAAAGACAGAGGAGAAAAGAGUUGCGAGAGGUCAAGCGACGAACGAGGAGAAGGAGGAAAUAGACAAGUCACUCCAAAGAAUCCCAUCAUCACUAAAAAUAUCUUCCAAACCUUCUCAAACGUCUCUAAGAUCUCCUUCUAAACAAGCACUCUC